CAGGCUUUCCAGCGAUCGAUCGAGCUUGCGAUCUUCAUGAGGUGACUUUGUAGAUUCUCUCUGGGUGAUGGGAUCUAGUAGCGAGGUCUCGGAGGACAUCGAGUGGCACUCCCCGGGAGGAGUGCCAGCGGCGGCUGCGCCAUCGCCAGCCCCGCCGGAGGAGGCGAAAUUGAUCGCGCCCAUCAAAGGCAAGCGCAGCUGCGGGAUCAGGAAGAGGAAUUCGAGCGUGAAAAAUCGCAAGGUGGAAGUGGAGGAGGAGGAGCCGGAGGAGAAGAAGUUGAAGAAGGCGGCGCCAAAGCGGAGCUCGACCAGGGAUCGCCACACCAAGGUGGAGGGGCGGGGCCGGAGGAUCAGGAUGCCGGCGGCGUGCGCCGCCAGGAUCUUCCAGCUCACGCGGGAGCUGGGCAAUAAGUCUGAGGGCGAGACCAUCGAGUGGCUGCUCAAGCAGGCGGAACCUUCGAUCAUCAAGGCCACGGGCACAGGUACCAUCCCGGCGCUCGCCUUCUCAGUGGCGGCGCCGCUGGCACUCCGCCAGGCCGCCGCCAAUUAUGUCGCGCCGAUCGCCGUCGCCACCCGCUCCAGCCUGCCGCUGGAUUUCGCGGCGCCGCGAGUGGACAACGCUAACGCCACCACCACCACCACCACUACUAUCACCACCGAGGGUGGCGGCGGUGGUGGCGGUGGCGGCGAUGAGAACUCCAACGAGAGCCAUCGAAGGUACGAGUUCCAAGAGAAUGGGGACAGUGGAUCCAUCGGAGACGAUCAUGGAGAGGGGAACGCCAAGAACUUGCUCACUAGCUUGAAAGAUGAUCCACCAUCUCUCCAAUCCAAGCAACAGCAAGCUCUCGACGACCACCACCAGCAUGACCAAGAAGAACUCGCGAUCCAUCACCACCAGCAGCAAAUCUCUUGGCCCGUGCCAAACCUGUGGAUGCUGCCAGUUCCAUCCAUGGGUGAUCACUCGUGGGCAUACACCACUUCCACUUCGUGUCCCUCGAGCUUCUCAUCGUCGGCGGCGAUGAUCCAGCAGCAGCUCCAGCGGAUGAAUGCGAGCAGCCUGAUCGAGCUGGGGCCUCUGGGAUCGAUGCUGGCGAUGCAGCAUCACCCGGAUCUUUGCGCCCCUGGCAGCGAUAACUUCAACCUCUUUGCCGCGACGUACCACCACCAUCUCCAACGCCAAACAUAUGAUCCUCACGUUACUUCACGAGACGAUAGCGGCUAGCAUUGUGAUGCUUAAAAUCCCCUCCACUUGUAAAACAUUUCAACUGUUGUCAUCUUGGACGUUCAAAUUUUUGGU